UGCUUGUUAGGCUGAUCAUACUCCCUAUACCAUAAUAAAGUCUCCAUAAACAAAAUGUUAGCUCAUUAAUCUACGUAUAGAGGGCUAACUCUCAAUAAUAGUACUAGUUGUUAAUUAGUAGUACAAAAAUAUGUGCACUCUUGAGAAGAGAGGCAACCUCUUUAUCUUAACCAUCAUCGGUGAUGAUGAGCACCGGUUGAACCCAACGCUGAUAGACUCCAUCAGGGAGGCUCUGCACCGUGCUCGGGCUGAGUGUAGUGGCCCCUCCGCCCUCAUCACCACAGCCCAAGGAAAAUUUUUCUCUAACGGCUAUGAUCUUGCAUGGGCCCAAUCCGACAGAUCCCGGUUACUGCUCAUGGACGCCAAGCUCCGGUGUCUUAUUUCCGACCUCAUCAACUUCCCCAUGCCCACCAUCGCCGCCGUCACAGGCCAUGCCUCAGCAGCUGCCUUCGCCUUCGCCAUGGCCCACGACUACAUCCUAAUGCGCAAAGAUCGGGGUUUUCUUUACAUGAGUGAGCUGGAUAUUGGGCUUGUGAUCCCGCCAUGGUUUGUGACUUUGUUGAAGUCCAAGGCCAAGUCACCGGUGGCUUGGCGCGAGGUGGUUUUGAAAGCGGCUAAGUUGACGGCUGAGAUGGGAAUGGAGAUGGGUAUUGUUAGCUCGGCUCACGUUAGUGCAGAGGAGACAGUAAAAGCAGCUGUGGAAUUAGGGGAGGCGUUGGUGGCGAGAAAAUGGGACGGAGAAGUAUACAGCGAAAACAGGAGGAUGGUGUUUGCUGAGGUGCUGGCUGCGAUUCGUUCGCAUGAAACCGGUGCCGGCGGUGAUGACGUCGCUAAGACUUUGUCAAAGCUGUGACUUGAAAACCUUCUUGCUGUUGGAUUCAUUUCUUUGCAUGUAUCUGAUAUGGCCCAUGCUUUUUUUAUUAUCUAGUUGUUUACAAGUAAGACCAAUAAAGUUGAAGCAAAAAAUAAAUUUUUUAUUGAAACUUUUUACCUAGUACUCUAAUUCUUAAACCAAAAAACUUUCUAGUGAUGGCAGUAAAAGUUUUCUUUAAUCGUGAUUAAAGAUAGCUUUUCCUAGCUUUGAAUUCAUUUCCUUGCAUGUAUGUGGUGUACUGUUGUACCUAUUUAACUUUUUACGAUUAAUUAUUCUUUUUUUUUUCCUGUUGUAAGAUAUAGUUAAAUAACAAAGAUGUCAUAUUAAUGGGGAAAA